CAAAGGCACAUUGGAGGGACGGGCUCAGAGCGCUGCGAAGUAGUACAGCAAGUUCCCCGCCGCCGCUGCCGCCGCUGCUGCACGGUCACACACACAGGGAUGUGCUCACAUCUGGCUGCAUAGGGAGAGAGAGGCGCCGCUGCUGCCCCAGCACUGCAAGAACAUAUGCUGGAACCGUGGCUGAUCAGAAACUGAAUAUUUUGUAUCGUGGAGAUCUGUCCCAACUAGAAUUACAACACUGUCCACCUUCACUUUCAUCGAAAACGCCAGCAGCCCGGCUGAAGCCAUGCCCUGUGUUCAGGCUCAGUAUGGGUCAUCGCCACAAGGAGCCAGCCCAGCUACCCAGAGCUACAGUUACCACUCUUCAGGAGAAUACAGCUCCGAUUUCUUAACUCCAGAGUUUGUCAAGUUUAGCAUGGACCUGACCAACACUGAAAUCACUGCAACCACUUCUCUCCCCAGCUUUAGUACCUUUAUGGACAACUACAACUCCAGCUACGACGUCAAGCCACCUUGCUUGUACCAAAUGCCCAUCUCUGGCCAGCAGUCUUCAAUAAAAGUUGAAGAUAUUCAGAUGCACAGCUACCAGCAGCACAGUCACCUGGCACCCCAGUCCGAGGAGAUGAUACCACAUUCGGGCUCAGUCUACUACAAACCCUCUUCACCCCCAACUUCUAACACCCCAGGUUUCCCUGUCCAACACAGUCCAAUGUGGGAUGACCCUGGAUCCCUCCACAGCUUCCAUCAGAACUAUGUUGCUACCACCCACAUGAUUGAUCAGAGGAAAGGUCCUAUGUCCAGACUCUCGUUGUUCUCCUUCAAGCAGUCUCCUCCUGGGACACCAGUGUCUAGUUGCCAAAUGAGAUUCGAUGGGCACCAUGUAUCUAUGAACCCUGAGGCGUCAGGAGCCCACCAUUUGGUGGAUGGUCAGACUUUUGCCGUCCCUAACCCCAUCAGAAAACAAGCAGCAAUGGGUUUUCCUGGACUCCAACUUGGCCACGCGUCCCAACUCAUUGACAGCCAGGUCCCCUCACCCCCUUCCAGAGGUUCCCCAUCAAACGAGGGGCUUUGUGCGGUCUGUGGGGACAAUGCUGCUUGCCAGCACUAUGGAGUUCGUACUUGUGAAGGGUGCAAAGGAUUUUUCAAGCGCACGGUCCAGAAAAAUGCGAAAUAUGUUUGUUUAGCAAAUAAAAACUGUCCGGUUGACAAACGACGUAGAAAUAGGUGUCAGUAUUGUCGCUUCCAGAAGUGCCUUGCAGUUGGAAUGGUCAAAGAAGUGGUUCGCACUGACAGCUUGAAAGGUCGAAGGGGUCGCUUGCCAUCCAAGCCCAAGAGUCCCCAGGAGCCGUCGCCCCCCAGCCCCCCGGUGAGUCUGAUCAGUGCCCUAGUGAGAGCCCACGUCGAUUCCAACCCGGCAAUGAGCAGCCUGGACUAUUCCAGGUUUCAAGCUAACCCAGAGUUCCAGAUUAAUGGCGAUGACACUCAACACAUACAGCAGUUUUACGAUCUAUUGACUGGAUCCAUGGAGAUCAUCAGAGGCUGGGCUGAGAAGAUCCCAGGGUUUUCUGAGUUGCACAAACAGGAUCAAGACCUCCUCUUUGAGUCUGCCUUCCUGGAACUCUUCGUCUUGCGGUUAGCCUACAGGUCUAACCCAGCUGAGGGCAAGCUCAUCUUCUGUAAUGGGGCGGUCUUGCACAGGUUGCAAUGCGUACGUGGCUUCGGGGAAUGGAUUGACUCUAUUGUUGAAUUUUCGUCCAAUCUGCAAAGUAUGAACAUUGACAUUUCGGCGUUUUCCUGUAUUGCUGCUCUGGCCAUGGUCACAGAGAGACAUGGACUUAAAGAACCAAAGCGAGUAGAGGAACUGCAAAAUAAGAUUGUAAACUGCCUAAAGGACCAUGUUACAUUCAAUAACGGGGGACUAAAUCGCCCAAACUACCUUUCCAAACUUCUAGGAAAACUCCCAGAGCUUCGCACGCUUUGCACGCAAGGCCUCCAGCGCAUUUUCUACCUAAAAUUGGAGGAUUUGGUACCACCACCUGCUAUCAUUGAUAAGCUCUUUUUGGACACAUUGCCUUUUUAAAUACUGACUUUUCAAUGAACUUUAAAAAUAAAAAAUAAAUAACAUUACCAGACUAAGGGGACUCUCUACCUGUGAAAAAAUAUGCAGUUUGGUUGCCAAAUUGCCAACAGUGACUUGUGGUAUCUGCCAAUGACAGAGAAUGGGGCUCUUCAGGAUCGAAAGACAAAGGACUCACCAAUUACACUGCUAUCAACUAUCCAUCAUCAGUUGACAACGUUCCUAAAAUAGAACAACAUCUAACUAGUAUAAAACAUCUUUUAAUUUGCUAAGUGCAUUCAUGAUUGACCUCAGUAAAUAGUUUUGAGGUGGCCAAUCACAUCGCCCCAACACAGACUAAAAAUAUAAAUAAAAAGUUUUCUGUUGUAAAAGAAAGCUGUAAUAUAUUGUGAAAUACAUGUUCAGUGGAUGGCAUGAAGGAAAAAGGCUUGUACAUGUAUAAAAUACAGUUUAGCUAUUUUUAAUCAUUUUGUGCCUAUUUAUGAAUAAAUAUGAAACCGAUUCUACAAGCUGUGUUUGCAAAAAAAAUAAUAUGAUAAAUACUAAUAAAAAAAAUUGCAUAAAAAGCAUGUUUAUACAGUGCUAGAUCGGGAAAUCUUAUAGACAAUUUCUUCUUCGGUAAUGUCUAUAUUAUAUAAAUAGUAUUCAGACACUAUGUAGUCUGCUAGAUUUUAUAAAGACUGGUGGUUAUUCGAGCUUAAAAAAAGAAAAAACGUUUUCUGACCUGUAAAAUAAGUAGGCACAAGUAUUACAAUAAACUGCCCAUUGCAAAGGACAUAUAUGUGUUUGUAACACCGUCCAACAUUCCUUGUUUGUAAGUGUUGUAUGUACUGUUGAUGUUAAUACGAAAUUUAUACAGUACCUUAGUUUAUUUUUGUUGUCUAAGGCUAAAUUAAACUUGCAUGCAACAGCUUCGAACGGUUUCCAGGGACAUCAAAGCAUAACCGAUGGAAAUUACUGAGCACUUUCAGUUUUGUUUUUUUUAUUGUCUCAAAAAUUGUCAGUUAAUAUAUUAUUUCAUGUUUGAAAGUAAAAUUUGUAAUACUGCCAGCA